CGCUCGUAAACUGGAGAGAAAAGAAGCGGCGGAGGCUCAGACCGACGAACGGAGCUGAGGCUGGGCACCGGGGCUGCUCCAGCCGGGUUAUCUACGGACCACAGCCGGUACCGGAACCGGACCACCGGAAGGAAGAAGCUGCUGAUUUAUCUGAGAGAAGAUGCAGUCCCAGGGCAGCACCUCGUCCCAGCCCUCCUUCGACUCCCUGAGCUCCAGCGACAGCCUCCUGUUCAGCGACUCGGAGCAGGCCGAGGACGACACCGAGGUCUUCCUGACCGACAGCUCAUCCUCCGUCAUCGUGGGCGAGGCGGGCGGAGCAGCGGCCGGUGGGGAUGGCGGGUCGGAGAGUCCCGGGUCGCAGUGGACCUGCGACGGGUUCACCGACAAGGAGGAAGAGGAGGAGUCAUACCGGUUGGAGGGCAAGGAGGCCCGGGGCGGCGAGACGGACCCGACGGAACAGAUCCCCAAAUCACAGGGAGAUCUGCUGUUUGCUCAGAAGUGUGCUGAGCUGCAGGGUUUUGUUCGGCCUCUGCUGGAGCUGCUGAAUGGACUGAAGAGAGGCCGAUUCGACCGCGGUUUGAGUAGUUUCCAGCAGAGCGUUGCCAUGGAUCGAAUCCAGAGGAUUGUGGGGGUUUUACAGAGACCCAACAGCGGGGAGAAGUACUUGAACACUCUGCUGCAGGUGGAGAUGAUGUUGAAGCUCUGGUUUCCUCAGAUUCCCACUCAGCUGGUGUCUGUAGCCUCCAGCGACGCCACGUCUCCGCCUCGAUCCCUCCAGGACACUUUCGGCUCCAUGCCGCCGCACAAACACCGGGAUCAGCUACACAUUCCCGUCAAGAAGCGCAGACUCAGCUGGACAGGGACCGACUCCACCUCGCCUUCCCCCGUCCUUCUCAAGUGUCCUCGAAACAACGCACAAGAGAAGGGCCUCGAUCAGGACGAAGGGGACGACCCUCUUUCUUCUCCAGCGCCGGCAUUUGAUGCGAACCAGAAUUCUCCGGAUGUGGCCGGCGACAGCCAGCUAAAUGACGAAACAAAGGGAAAAGACAGUGACGGCGAGGAAGUAGAAAAGCUGCCGAAGUACAAAGCGGGUCAGAGCUCCGAGCCGAGCCUGACUUGGGUCCACGUCGCCCCAAUCCUGUCCCCAAGAAAGGUUUCACACGAGGGCACGACGUCGGCGGUUAACGGCGACCAGGCGCCCGGCCAGAAGGGCAAUCCGGCCAUGCAGGACAGCUCCGUCACCUCGACCACGCCCUACAAGCAGUCCAAGAAUCUGAAGAAGCCAAUCCGGUGCCAAAGCCAGCCUGUUGCUGGACCACAGAGUGAGAAUGCUGAGACGUGUCAGGGUCAAAUCCAAACUCCUCUUCAUGUCACACUGAAGCCUUUGCCCCGGGUUUGUCCGACCAGCUUAGAGACCUGAUCAGCCCUGAUCUGUUCCACCGCCAGGCUGAAAGCUGCUGCUGCUGCGACGGGAAGAAGGAAAGAGGCGAAAGACCCACAAAUAUACAAGAGUUAAAGAGAAGAAGAAGGAGGGAAGAGUUGUCUGUGAUAGAAAUCAAAUGAUGGAUCAAACAAAACUCCUCAAAACAACAGUUAGUUCAAACAACAGGACGUAAGUGAAACCUACCAUGAUUACAUAAAGAUCUAAAUAUGUGCACAAAGGUAGUUGUGUGUUGAAGGGUAAAGAUAAAAAAAAACUCUUAAAGGAAUAUGCAGGUUACAGGAUUAAAGACUAAGAGUAGAGAUUGUGAAGAAUCUCGAGGAGCGAAUGAAAAUUUCCUUCUCAGCAUGAAAGCAAUCAACAUAUUCAGAGGAGGAUGUUUCAUCGAACUUGAAGGACUCUGAACACAGAAAAGCUGAUGUCAUGACUGAGAAUGAAAGCUUCCGAUGUUUAUUGUGACGAGGUAACUCCAGUUAUGAUUCAAUACUGAGUGAGUAAAAGUGAGUGAUUUGAUUCUAGUCUCAAGGCCAACUCAUGGUUUCUAUAUGUACUACAAUAAGUCCGCAUUGGUCAGCAUCAUCACCCCUCGUGACAAACAUAGAAAAACGUUCAGGGCUCCAAUGGAUGCUUUGGAAAAGCUGCAACUUUGCAAUUUGCCAGUAAAGCCCCUGGUUACAGAUUAGACUGUAGCAAUGUAGCAUGUUAACAUUUGUACAUUGUUUUUGGUGAUGCUAAAGAGGAGAAGACUGCUACCGGACAAGAAAAUAAUGCCGCUUAUCGUCUUUACCGAGUUCAGCCAAUCUUGACCCCUGUAGCGAUGUUUCAGUACCUAGUCUCAAGCAGGUACUUUCUUUCUUCCUUGAAAGAGAUUCCUGCAUUCAAAACAUGUAUAAAGCUUUAACUUUGAAAUUCUUACAGUGGAACGCGGCCUAGUAACAAGUGGUCGGACAUAGCACGGGAUGUCUGGAGAUUUUAGAACUUGAAAACAUGUACAAAUGAAGAAUCUCCAAAGUCUGGCACAACUACUUCAAUUAUAACUCUGUAAAUGAUGAAUUAGUCCCUCCUCAUAACAAGCAUUUGUUUUUCUUGCACAAGUGCAAUCAAUGUGCUAGCAAUCAGGAUAAUUAUCCCCUAACCCAAGUUAGGGUCUAAUUCUCCUGAUGUCAUAUUCAUGUAUAAGUCUGCCAUGUCCGCCACGUAUUUCAGUGUCUUUCUUCUCCCUUACCGUUUCACAAUCUCCUUUGCUACAGGAAACAACAACAACAAUUUCUGAGCAGCAACCCAAACACUGAAAAUUUCAAAUCCAUUCUGCUUUGUUCUUUCAGUAAAUUACCCAGUGACGGUUCUUUCCUCCCUGCAUCCAGAUAUUCCACCAAAACAAUCCUUUUUGCAGAGGCGCAGUCACUGCAUCCUGGGCUUAGAACCUUAAUGAAAUGCAAAAGCCCGUCGUCUUUUGUCUAACGAGGUGCAGUCAGACAGUCAGACCAUUCUCCAGCUAUGGAGAAUGGUCUGGAGACACUUUGCGGACUGGGAAAGCAUGAGUUGGCCUUUAUGACCAGACAGAUGUUUGACUUUACAUUCACUUGUAGAUAGAACUGAAGCAUCUGACUUGCAGAGGUAAAAAAAAAAAAAAAAAAAAAAAAAAAAAGACAUUGAAGUCAUUGAGAAUCUUGUAGCUAGUGACAUGAGGAAAGCCGUGGACAAAGCACAGCAUCAAACUGUACGUGUGUCAGAGUCGAAGAAAAACGAUGUCACAACUUACGAAUGUAAUCCAAGAAUUGUUUGGGAUCGGCGGCAUCGGGAGGAAGUGACAUCCAGCGUUUCCUAUCGAGCUGUGGAUUGGAUAAACCCGACCGCCAACCGGUGUCACGAACAUCCGAGAAAGACUUUAAAAAGACCAGCCUGAGGAAAAACGACAGACCACUAGACGUACAACUCUCGAGUCCCACAGUUAAUUUAUUCAUGUGUUGAUGUGACACUUCAUCUAUUUAUUGUUUGUAUUUAUUUAUUAGGCAGCUGAUUAUUGCCGGCUGUGCGCUCGCACGGUUCGGCCAACACUUUUGUGGAGUCAAUUGAGAAGAUGCUGUUUUGUUUGUGGUUUUUAUCGGGGUCAAACAAAAACAAGGAAGUGAAAUCUUCACAGUUGGACUAUCGGACUACUGUGCCUUUUACCAAAUAGGAUGUGUUCGGAAAAGCGCUCGGUGCUUUCAGUGCAUUCAUACUGCGUUUUGAUUGUUUGCUCGUAAAUGUCACGAAACCAGUCCACGUUCAGUCACGAAAGCCUCUGAGUCGUCAACUUGCUUCUGAAAUCACAGCAAAAUCAAGUUUCUACUGCUUAAAAACCGGUUUCAUCCACAGCGAAUCCAGACUGCCUUCAUCUCCAACUGUCCCAGCGGCAGCCGUUCACCCAUUAGUUAUCAACUAAUAAAUUAAUCGACAACUUUCUCUUCACAAUGGAUUAAUUGAUUACUUGCCAACUAAGCUGAAUAUCUUUGCGCUGUGGACAAAACAACUUAUUUGUGGAAACACAAAUCAACAUUUUUCACCAUUUUCACAUUUUCUAAACCAAACGACUCGAGUUAGUCCAGAAAAUAAUCAACAGAAUUAAUCAACAAAGAAAAUCAUUAUUAGUCAUUAGUGUCACCUACAGCUAUUCCCAACUGCCAACAUCAACAAUUUUUUUGAUUAAUCGCCAAUUAUUCAGAUGAUUGAUGAAUUGGUUUGAGUAUUUUUUUUUUAGGAGAAAAAGUCUAAAUUCUCUGGUUGCAGCUUCUCAAAUGUAAAUAUGUUUUGGUUUCGUUCUCCUUGUUCACAGUAAAUGCGCUUUUUUUCACUAUUUCUGACAUUUUAUAGAUCAAGCAAUUAAUCGAGCUGCAACGAUUAAUAAACUAUUUGUGAAUUGUUAUAUUUAUCGCCAACUAUUUUGACAAUUUGAUCAAUUGUUUUGAGUGUUUUUUUAGAAGAAAAAAGUCUAAAUUCUCUCAUUGUAGCUUCUUAAAUACUAAUAUGUUUUGGUUUCUUUUCUCCUUGUUGACAGUAAAUGUGUGUUUUUCUUCCCCCUAUUUCUGACAUUUUAUGGAUUAAAUUUAAAAAAUGAGCUGCAACGAUUAAUCAGUUAGUUGCCAACUACUGAAAUUAUCGCCAACUAUUUUAGUAAUUGAUGAGUUGGUGUGAGUAUUUUUUAAAAGAAAAAAAGUCUAGAUUCUUUAUAGCUUCUUAAAUGUAAAUAUUUUUUGGUUUAUUUCCUCUCGUUGACUAAUUAAUCGAUUAAUCAAUUAAUUAUUAACUGUUAGAUUAUUGAGAACUAUUUUAAGUAUCUAAUUUUAUAAAAGUCUAAAUUCUGUGAUUUGAGCUCCUUAAAUAUGAGUGGUUUCUGGUUUCUUUCUGACAGUAAACUGAAGAUCUUCUCACCAUUUUCUGACAUUUUAUCAACCAAACAAUUGAUUAGUUGAGAAAAUAAUCGGUAGCUGCAGUGAUUAAUCAGUUAGUUGUUGACUAUUAUCUCUAACUAUUCUGUGAUUGCAGCUUCUUUAAUGUGAAUAUUGGUAUCUUUUCUCAUAUAUGACACUAAACUGAAUAUUUAUUCACCAUCUUUUGACGGUUUACAGACCAAACAACUAAUUGAUUAAUCAAUUAAUCAGUUAUUUGUUGAGUAUUAUCACCAACUAGUCUAAAUUCUUUGAUUGCAGCUUCUUUAAUGUGAAUAUUUUCUGGUUUCAUUCCUCUGUGACAGUAAACUGAACAUCUUUUCAACUUUUUCUACCGUUGAACAUCCAAACAUCCAAUCGAUCGACUGAUCGGUAGCAGUUAGCCUCCCGCUAGCUGCUGUUUGUCGUGUAAUAUUUGAACGUAGCCUUUUUUUCUUUCUUUUUUUGCUUUCCGAUCAGCAGAGGAACCGAUCGAACUGCACUUGUAGCUGGUGCUCUUGAAAAACUUGAAACUAAACGAAUAAUGGUGCAGAUGUAAGAGGAGGAGCCGUGUGAUCUAGCGCUGCUGCUGUCGCUGUGAUUCCAGCUGUAGUUUAGGAACUCUUCUCUGAAUGGAUUCACCUGAACUGUACAUAUUAUCGCUUUUAUUUUAUGUGUUUGGAGUGUACAAACCCUCAGAUCGGUGCCCAUCCGAGCCUGGGGGAGUCUUCCUCCACUCCUGGGUUGUUUUUUCUUUCUGAAUCAGGUUUGUGGUGACAGAGAAACCAAUUGCACUUAUUUUUCAUCGUUCAUUUUUCAUGUAAGUUUUCUACUGCCGCGGCCGCCACGGUCCGACUACAAUCUUUGUUUUAGCUGCCUUCAUCUUCUUCUUCUUUUAGUGUAGACUAUAGCCUCCCCUUUGCCUCCCCCCAUGUCCCCCCUACCUCCCCUCUAUCUCCCCUCUGCCUCAACUCUGCCUCCCCUCUGCUUCCCCUCUACCUCCCCUCUGCCUCCCCUCUGCUUCCCCUCUACCUCCCCUCUACCUCCCCUCUGCCUCCCCUCUGCUUCCCCUCUACCUCCCCUCUACCUUCCCUCUGCCUCCCCUCUGCCUCCCCUCUGCCUCCCCUCUGCCUCCCCUCUGCCUCCCCUCUGCCUUCCCUCUGCCUCCCCUCUAUCUCCCCUCUGCCUCAACUCUGCCUCCCCUCUGCUUCCCCUCUGCCUCCCCUCUACCUUCCCUCUGCCUCCCCUCUAUCUCCCCUCUGCCUCCCCUCUGCUUCCCCUCUACCUCCCCUCUACCUCCCCUCUGCCUCCCCUCUGCUUCCCCUCUACCUCCCCUCUACCUUCCCUCUGCCUCCCCUCUGCCUCCCCUCUGCCUCCCCUCUGCCUCCCCUCUAUCUCCCCUCUGCCUUCCCUCUGCCUCCCCUCUAUCUCCCCUCUGCCUCAACUCUGCCUCCCCUCUGCUUCCCCUCUACCUCCCCUCUGCCUCCCCUCUGCUUCCCCUCUACCUCCCCUCUACCUCCCCUCUACCUUCCCUCUGCCUCCCCUCUGCCUCCCCUCUGCCUCCCCUCUAUCUCCCCUCUGCCUUCCCUCUGCCUCCCCUCUAUCUCCCCUCUGCCUCAACUCUGCCUCCCCUCUGCUUCCCCUCUGCCUCCCCUCUACCUUCCCUCUGCCUCCCCUCUAUCUCCCCUCUGCCUCCCCUCUGCUUCCCCUCUACCUCCCCUCUACCUUCCCUCUGCCUCCCCUCUGCCUCCCCUCUAUCUCCCCUCUGCCUCCCCUCUGCUUCCCCUCUACCUCCCCUCUACCUUCCCUCUGCCUCCCCUCUACCUCCCCUCUGCCUCCCCUCUGCUUCCCCUCUACCUCUCCUCUACCUCCCCUCUGCCUCCCCUCUGCUUCCCCUCUACCUCCCCUCUACCUUCCCUCUGCUUCCCCUCUACCUCCCCUCUAUCUCCCCUCUGCCUCCCCUCUGCCUUCCCUCUGCCUCCCCUCUGCUUCCCCUCUACCUCCCCUCUACCUUCCCUCUGCCUCCCCUCUGCCUCCCCUCUGCCUCCCCUCUGCCUCCCCUCUAUCUCCCCUCUGCCUCCCCUCUGCCUUCCCUCUGCCUCCCCUCUAUCUCCCCUCUGCCUCCCCUCUAUCUCCCCUCUACCUCCCCUCUGCCUCCCCUCUGCCUCCCCUCUGCCUCCCCUCUAUCUCCCCUCUGCCUCCCCUCUACCUUCCCUCUGCCUCCCCUCUAUCUCCCCUCUGCCUCCCCUCUACCUUCCCUCUGCCUCCCCUCUAUCUCCCCUCUGCCUCCCCUCUAACUUCCCUCUGCCUCCCCUCUAUCUCCCCUCUGCCUCCCCUCUACCUCCCCUCCCCCUCUGCCUCCCUUCAUCUCCUUUAAGUCCCGUUACCAUCUCUUCUUUCCCAACUAAACUCUCACCUCUCGUCUUUGUCGUGAUAUUUACUCCCCCGCAUCCUCCACUCUCUGGCUUAUUUUUCUGUCUUUUUUCCAAUAAUGAUACAAAAACAAACUGAAAAAUCUUUUAAUAAAUGAUACAUUUUGGGAAACUGUC